AUGGCGAGCUCCGAUGGUGGUUCCAGCGCCCCCAAGGAGGUGCCGGGCAGCUACGGGCUGCCGCUGGUGGGCGCCGUGCGCGACCGCCUCGACUUCUACUACUUCCAGGGGCAGGACAAGUACUUCGAGUCCCGCGUGGAGCGCUACGGCUCCACGGUGGUGCGCGUGAACGUGCCGCCGGGCCCCUUCAUGGCGCGCGACCCGCGGGUGGUGGCGGUCCUGGACGCCAAGAGCUUCCCUGUGCUCUUCGACAUGGACAAGGUGGAGAAGAAGGACCUGUUCACGGGCACCUACAUGCCCUCCACCUCCCUCACCGGCGGCUACCGGGUCUGCUCCUACCUGGACCCCUCCGAGCCCACCCACACCAAGGUGAAGCAGCUGCUCUUCUCCCUCCUGCUCUCGCGCAAGGACGACGUCAUCCCGACCUUCCGCUCCAACUUCUCCGCGCUGCUCGCCACCGUCGAGUCGGAGCUCGCCAAGGCCGGCAAGGCCGAGUUCAACAAGCUCAACGACGUCACCUCCUUCGACUUCAUCGGCGAGGCCUACUUCGGCGUGCGGCCCUCGGCGACGGACCUCGGCAAGGGAGGCCCGACCAAGGCGGCCAAGUGGCUCAUCUGGCAGCUCCACCCGCUCGUCACGCUCGGCCUCCCCAUGGUCCUCGAGGAGCCGCUGCUGCACACGUUCCACCUCCCGCCCUUCCUCGUCAAGGGCGACUACAAGGCGCUGUACAAGUACUUCUCCACGGCGGCGAAGCAGGCGCUGGACACCGCCGAGGGCCUGGGCCUGUCGCGCGAGGAGGCCUGCCACAACCUGCUCUUCGCCACCACCUUCAACAGCUACGGCGGGCUCAAGGUGCUGUUCCCGGGCCUCCUGGCCAACGUCGCCAGCGCCGGGGAGAAGCUCCACGAGAAGCUGGUCGACGAGAUCCGCGGCGCCGUGGCCGAGGCCGGCGGCAAGGUCACCCUGGCGGCGGUGGAGAAGAUGGAGCUGGCCAAGUCGGUGGUGUGGGAGUCGCUGCGCCUGGACCCGCCCGUCAAGUUCCAGUACGGGCACGCCAAGAAGGACCUGCAGAUCGAGAGCCACGACGCCGUGUUCCAGGUGAAGAAGGGCGAGAUGCUGUUCGGCUACCAGCCGUGCGCCACCAGGGACCCCCGCGUGUUCGGCGCCACGGCCAAGGAGUUCGUGCCCGACCGGUUCGUCGGCGAGGAGGGCAGCAAGCUGCUGCAGUACGUGUACUGGUCCAACGGCCGCGAGACCGAGAACCCCAGCGUCGACAACAAGCAGUGCCCCGGCAAGAACUUUGUGGUGCUCGUCGGCAGGCUCUUCCUCGUCGAGCUCUUCCUCCGUUACGACACCUUCACCGCCGAGGUCGGCACGGAGCUGCUCGGCACAAGUGUCGUCUUCACCGGCGUCACCAAAGCUACCUCCGGCCCGGGCAGCGAGUAA